CUGCCAGAAACUUGUUACACUGAACACCAAGACUUGGCAUGUUUCUGGGGCAGUGUGGGAUGUCUGAGGGGGUGGAGCCUCGCUAUCAAUAAAAGGCCGAGGGUCACUUCGUCUCUUCCUGCUGAGCUUGCAGCACACUGCAUCUGCCCAACAUGCCACCUUACACCAUCUUCUAUUUCCCCUCCCGAGGGCGCUGCGAGGUCAUGCGCAUGCUGCUAGCUGACCAGGGUCAGACCUGGAAGGAGGAGGUGGUGACCUUGGAUGUUUGGGAGCAAGGAACAUUCAAGGCUUCCUGUCUGUUUGGGCAGAUCCCCAAGUUUCAGGAUGGAGAGCUCACUCUGUACCAGUCCAAUGCCAUCCUACGGCACCUGGGCCGCUCCUUCGGGCUCUACGGCAAAGACCAACAAGAGGCAGCCCUGGUGGACAUGGUGAACGACGGACUGGAAGACCUAUUUAGGCGCAUUGCCCGGCAGUAUCUCCAUAUCUGUAAGGAGGGCAAGGACCAGAUUCUGAAGGAGCUUCCAGGAUACCUGAAGCCAUUUGAAACUCUCCUGGCCCAGAACAAAGGUGGUCAGUCCUUCAUCGUUGGUGAUCAGAUCUCCUUUGCUGACUACCGCCUGCUAGACGUGCUUCUGAACCUUGAGCUCCUGUUCCCUGGUUACUUGAAUGACUUCCCCCUAUUCUCCGCCUAUGUGGCACGCCUCAAAGCCCGACCCAAGCUCAAGGCCUUCCUGGAGUCUCCUGAGCAUGUGAACCGUCUCCUGGCUGCUUGCAUAAAGAUGUGAGCCCAUAUGCCUCCCCAAACACCACCCCAGCAUAAUAAAAAUGAUGGCACGA